AAAGAUGGUUUGGGUUUCUGUGCACUCAUUCACCGACAUCGUCCGGAGCUCAUCGAUUACGGAAAACUGCGCAAGGACGACCCCAUGACCAACCUGAACACAGCAUUCGACGUGGCAGAGAAGUACCUGGACAUUCCCAAGAUGUUGGACGCAGAAGACAUUGUGGGCACUGCCCGUCCGGACGAGAAGGCGAUCAUGACCUACGUCUCUAGCUUCUACCACGCCUUCUCAGGCGCCCAGAAGGCGGAGACGGCGGCCAACAGGAUCUGCAAGGUGCUGGCCGUCAACCAAGAGAAUGAGCAGCUGAUGGAGGACUAUGAGAAGCUGGCCAGUGAUCUGCUGGAGUGGAUCCGUCGUACUAUUCCCUGGCUGGAGAACCGCUUGCCCGAGAACACCAUGCAGGCCAUGCAGCAGAAGCUGGAGGACUUCAGAGAUUACCGCCGCCUCCACAAGCCGCCCAAAGUGCAGGAGAAGUGCCAGCUGGAGAUCAACUUCAACACCCUGCAGACCAAGCUGAGGCUCAGCAACAGGCCCGCCUUCAUGCCCUCAGAGGGAAAGAUGGUGUCGGACAUUAACAAUGCGUGGGGGAAUCUGGAGGGAGCGGAGAAGGGCUAUGAAGAGUGGCUCCUAAAUGAGAUUCGCAGGCUGGAAAGACUCGACCACCUGGCAGAGAAAUUCCGCCAAAAAGCAGCGAUCCAUGAGGCUUGGACUGAAGGUAAGGAGGAGAUGCUGCAGAAGCGUGACUACGAGACGGCCUCUCUGUCGGAGAUCAAGGCCCUGCUGAAGAAACACGAGGCCUUUGAGAGCGACCUGGCUGCGCACCAGGAUCGCGUGGAGCAGAUCGCAGCCAUCGCACAGGAGUUAAAUGAGCUGGACUACUACGACUCCCCCAGUGUAAACGCUCGCUGCCAGCGGAUCUGCGACCAGUGGGACGCACUGGGAGCUCUGACCCAGAAACGCAGCGAGGCUUUGCAGAGAACCGAGAAGCUGCUUGAAACCAUCGACCAACUGUACCUUGAGUUUGCCAAAAGAGCGGCUCCAUUCAACAACUGGAUGGAAGGAGCCAUGGAGGACCUGCAGGACACCUUUAUCGUCCACACCAUCGAAGAAAUUCAGGGAUUGAGCACAGCCCACGAGCAGUUCAAAGCCACGCUGCCGGAGGCGGACAAGGAGCGCCAGGCCAUCCUGGGCAUCCACAAUGAGAUCGCCAAGAUUGUGCAGACUUAUCAUGUGAAUAUGGCCGGGACCAACCCCUACACCACCAUCAACCCGCAGGAGAUUAACGCCAAAUGGGACAAGGUCAGACAGCUGGUGCCGCAGCGCGACCAGGCUCUGAUCGAGGAACACGCCCGACAGCAGAACAACGAGCGUCUGCGCAGGCAGUUUGCAAACCAGGCCAAUGUCAUCGGGCCCUGGAUCCAGACCAAGAUGGAGGAAAUCGGCCGCAUCUCCAUCGAGAUGCACGGCACCCUGGAGGACCAGCUGACAAACCUCCGUCAGUACGAGAAGAGCAUCGUCAACUACAAGCCAAAGAUCGACCAGCUGGAGGGAGACCACCAGCUCAUCCAGGAGGCUCUCAUCUUCGACAACAAGCACACCAACUACACCAUGGAGCACAUCCGUGUGGGCUGGGAGCAGCUACUCACCACCAUCGCCCGCACCAUCAACGAAAUCGAGAACCAGAUCUUGACGCGAGACGCUAAAGGCAUAAGCCAGGAGCAGCUGAACGAGUUCCGGGCGUCCUUCAACCACUUCGACAGGGACCGCUCGGGCACUCUGGGCGCGGAGGAGUUCAAGGCCUGCCUGAUCAGUCUGGGCUUCGAUAUCGCCAACGAUGCACAGAAGAGAACAGGAAUCAUGGAUGCUGAAGACUUCAAAACCUGCCUUAUCUCCAUGGGUUACAACCUGGGUGAAAACGAGUUCUCCCGCAUUAUGAGCAUAGUGGACCCCAACAGGAUGGGCCUCGUCACCUUCCAGGCAUUCAUCGACUUCAUGUCCCGCGAGACAGCGGACACGGACACUGCUGACCAAGUGAUGGCCUCCUUCAAAGUCCUGGCUGGGGAUAAGAACUACAUUUUAGCCGAUGAGCUGCGCCGGGAGCUGCCUCCGGACCAGGCCGAGUACUGCAUGGCCCGCAUGGCCCCUUACACCGGCCCCGACGCUGUGCCAGGAGCCCUUGACUACAUGUCGUUCUCUACCGCUCUGUACGGAGAGAGUGACCUCUGAACACUCUGUCAGUCGUCCUGACUUGGGACCACCAGCCUACCUGCUCCGAUCACCGCCACGUCCUCCGACUGCCCCGUCACCACACUCCUGUCCUACUACGCUCAUUUUUUGUACGUCUCUGGCCUUAUCUCUUCGUCACUAUCCUCUGUUUCUUCCUCCUCCUCCUCCUCCCACCUGUCCAGCCUCGUCACCGCUCCCUCACGCUCUGUCUCCGUUGUUUUUGUUUCCCACGCGAUGCAGCAGCUCUCCAGGUUUACAAAGAGGGAGAGAGAAAAAUGUUUGUUUCUGUUUUUAUUUUCUUGUUGUCAUUGUUUUUCUUCAUAAAAUGAAUAAAGUUAACAUAUUUUAUUAUACUGAACAAAAAAGGUAUUUUUCUUCACCUGAUUGAAAAUAAGAGUCAAAAAUUGUAAUAAAGAAAAAUUGCUAUA